GGCCUUUCUAUGGCGGGAGCAGCUGGUGGCUCUUUUACUGCUGUGCAGGCCGCGGCACUGACCGCGUCUGGCCCACCUGGGUGCCCGGACGCAAGGGGAGAUGGGAGAUGGGAGUACAGACCCAAAGUAAGUGUCUUUCCUGGUUCUUGCUCUGACAUUAGAGAGAAAGAGAGCACCGAAGUCUCGCUAACUAAUAAAGUUUUGCAAAGCUUGCAUCGACCAGGACGUGAGUUUAUUCAUAUGAAGUGUCGUGUUAAUCUUUUCCUGCAGGCUUCGAGGGAUUGGAAGUGGUAAGAAGGAAGGGUCCUGGCUUUGGUUACUCUGGCAGCGCCGGCUAGAAGACCUUAUCUUUGUGUUUAUCAAGAACUUUUCAAUAACGUGGUACAUCUUAGCUGCCUUACCGUUCUGCGUGCCUUGUUGUGGAGGAGAAGCCCAGGAUGCCUGGAUGAUGCCUAAAACACAACCCUUUCCCAGUGUCUGACCCAGAGACCAAGUCCUGAUCAAAAUUCGCCUUUGGAAGUGCUCUGUAGAACUCUGGUGGGAAAGGCCCCUAUUGAAUUGUUCUGACAAGUCAUGCUACAAAUCAAAGCCAGAGGAAAGGUCGUGUAGAUACUUGAGAGCCAAGCCCAAGGCUCUCCUUUUCCGGAUGUAUUGUCAGUAGGAAUUGGGUCACUUUAGGUAGAUUAUGUGGAAUCCUACCCUUUCUUUCCUUAACUGUUAAUGCUAUCAGCAUUUACCCUGGUCCUGUGGCUAAACUCCAGGCUAAUGUAAAUCUCAUCUAUGCCCAUAAUGAAGCAAGAGAUGAUGAACAUACGUGUCAUGGUCAUCACGGUGCUCCUACGACUUGGCCUGGCAGGUCAUGCCCUUCCACGGCAUCCCUUUAUCACAUCAAUACAAAGGGCCGUUACUGCUGCAAACUUAACAGAUUGCUGGGUCUGUUAUAAAGUGGGUAAUAUGGAAAGUGAGGUUUCCCUGAUCCCCAUUCCAGCUCCACUCUCCCACUGGGUCAACGAAUCCAUAUACGGCGUGUAUUAUUCUUCCUCCUACUCUAAAUACCAGUAUCUGUGGAAAUACACAGGCCGGCCCCUCUCCCCUGAAUAUGGGAAAGGACUGAAAUACAAAGUACAUGUAAGCCGCUCCUUUUACAACUACCAAGUUGCAGGACAUCCACAAUAUCGAAUACAACACCGAGGUCAGUAUCCAUUGUGUAUCCAAAACGACAAUGGAACCGUAUACUUAGGCGAUGUUCCGGAGGAAAGAUGUGCCCAGACCCUGUGGUUUGAUACUGAUGAUGGCACGUGGGAAGUGGACCCUGGAUCCAAUAGCGGAGGAAACCUAAAAUGCGGGAAGACCUCCCUGAUGACAUUUUGGGGAAAAGAAAGCUAUUCCAACUUCACUAUCCUCCCCCUCAAUUAUACCUCUGCCGACUGGGAAAGUGAAACAAAGAACUGUCAUAAUGACACUUUAUAUGUACUUGCUGAAGGGGGAGAGGUUGUCCACACGAGCUUCAAUAUGUCCAGCUGCCCUGGGGAAGGAUCUUUUGUCAACUUUACACUUUUGUACCAGAUGUUUGAGUCUAUACUUUGUGCCUAUAAUGACACCCCUUGGCACCAUUUGACCCGUUUGUGGAAAAACUUUGACAAGCGAUGCCCUUGGUACUUUGAAACAGGUACUCUGAUGAUACAGGGGAAAGAACGGUGGUCACCAAAUUCCACCUGGGCCCAAUAUUCUGGUAACAGGCUUACUCUAUCCCUCACGAGAGUGCCAGGGCUUUAUUUCAUUUGUGGUAAUUAUGCUUAUAAGGCAUUACCUCCAGGGUGGGGAGGAACAUGCACCAUAGCUUAUCUAGUCCCUGAUCUACAGAUACACAAGACCUUGACCUCUACAUCUGUCCCCAACCCCGGGAGCUUCAUUAAUCGGUUUCAUAAGCGGACUACUAAUCUUUUGGCUGAGAAACCCUCAGGAUUCCAUGCUUUUGCUCGAGCCUUGUUUCCGUGGCUUGGGAUUUUGGAAAUUGAGAAGGCAAUAGUGAAUAUGUCCGCAGCUGUGGAAGAAGGUUUCAGUGCCACCCUCGAUGCCAUUUCCAACCUGCGGCUAGAGGUAGACCCCCUGUCUCAGGUGGUGGUUCAGAGUCGGAUGGCAUUAGACGUGAAACGGGCGCAACAAGGAGGAGUUUGUGCAUUUGUCAACACCAUGUGUUGUUUCUAUGUUGAUAAAAAGAACCAGAUAAGUCAGAAUGUUACCAAGUGGAAAAGCUUAAUGAGCACAGACCCUGAGUAGUCCUGGCUUGGUGAGACUCCAAAGGAGCUUGGGAGAAAUGGUGUAGGAUGCAAACAAGAGUGCCCAAGUUUCCAGGGAGGGCCCUAGGAAGUGCCUUCAUGUGGAUAACCUUAGUAGAAACUCGGACUGGUCUCUGUCUAUUGCAGUAUGCUGCCUGUCGGCUGUCAUUGCUGCUACGGUGCUGAACCUUUUAGUACAAGGGCUACCAAAAACCAAACCCAUGUUUGAAGAGUCACUUUCUAGUUAGUGGCUCCCCUACUUAGCUUUGAGUAAUCUUUCCUUUUUCAGCUGGUCCCUGAAGUUACUGACCCAGCUGGUAGGUGAGAUUCUCCCUGGGCUCUUCUGGAUUUCAGGUUGAGAGAUUCUCAAUCAGUUUCUUUGUUAGACUAUAAGCUCCAUGGGAAGGCUGCCAUAUACAUUUUGUAGCUUCCACGACAUUCAGCAGGGCACUCUGUACGUAGUGUCUGCUUAAUAAGUACUGUAUCAAUCCAAUUGUUACUUUUUUUCUGAUGAAAAAUAGUGUAAAGGGACAUACAUUUUCACUUAAAUACUUCUGAAACUUGUAAUGAUUUUAUAAGUAAAAAGUUGUUUUAAAAAUGAAACAUUUUCACUGUUAAUCAAAAGAUCGGAUUUAGAACCAGAAGGGACCUUACAGAAGUCCCUUGUCCAAGUCUGUUGUCCCUUCUCUCCCUUCCCCCACAUCCUCAGUUUUAUAGAGGAGAAACUUGAAAUUAUUUGCCAUAAGGAGUGAACCUGACAGAACCUGAAUUAGAACACAGGUCCUCUGACUCCAAAUGCAAUUAUUUCUUCAGCUUCUUUGCAACCUACUUAAACGUGGGUAGAUGGGGAGCUUUCCAUGGUGUACCUCAGGGAAACUUUUAGUCAAAAUAGAGCGAAUUCCCUUUGUACAUGCUGAAACGUGCUGGCCCCAAGUAUUUCUGAUACAGAAUUUAAUAUGCAGUCUUUUAGAGAGAAUGAUGCCACCAACAUCACUAUCCUCUUUUGAGGUCCCUUAAUCACAACCCUUUGACCAUCAGAUUUCACUGGACAGUCCCUGCAAGGAAUGUUCCCCCUAAGGAAAAAUUCUGUUACGCAGUGAGGUACUGUAAGAGCCAAAACCAAAUAAAUACAAGAUACAAGGAUGAGGAAUUGUA